AUGGUUGUCCUCCCUCCACGAACUUUCUCUUGGGCACUAACUGUUUUAGGUGAACGAGUUGGCUGUCUCCUCCUGGUUACAGCAACACAAGAGGUAGCCGUUAACUGUCAAUCCGUGUUGGAAUAUCUUCAGCGCUCGGAGAUCUCCAACCCGCCUGCAUUUGGGGCGCGAAUUGCGGAGACUAUAUUGGCCGAUGAUACGCUGCGACAAGUAUGGUUCGAGGAUCUGAAAAGAAUGAGCUCUCGGAUACAAGCAAUGAGGAAGUUGCUCUAUAAGCAUUUGACUGCUCCAACACCAGCAACCUGGGAUCAUAUCCUUCAGCAAUCCGGUAUGUUUGGUUUUCUUGGACUUCCUGCGAACGUUGUAAAGAUACUAAAAGGGAUGUUUUAUCAUAUCUACAUGGCCGAGAACUCGAGAAUAUCAAUCGCGGGCCUGAAUUCAGGGAAUGUUGAGUACGUGGCGCAAUCAAUUGCGGAAGUUUUGGCAUGA